AUGCUGCGUUUACUCUGGACCACCACGGUGGCUCUGGCAGACUUCUCGCCACCGUCAUGCUGGAGCAAUGGUAGCUGGUUUGAUUGCUGCGCUAAGGGACAACGGUGCUGGGGAAAUGCCAGGAAGCAGCGGAAGUGUUGCAGCAGCUCCCCGGAGUUUGAGCCUAUGCUGACAGACUUGGACCAAUGCAGCAACGACAUUGCGCUCCAGCGCACUUUUCGACUCGUGUCGCACCAGCAGAUCGGCUUUGAAGAGGAUUGUGUGUCUCUCUUGGUUUGCAGGCCAACCGAAGGUGGCUGGAGAGCAGUGCGGAGUGGCAUGCCAAGCUGCUCAGUGGGGUCUUCUUCCAAAUUGGUGCCACCUCUAACGCAUCAGCUUUGCUCUUAUCUAGGUCCAAUACCGGCGGGCAUGUGGUACGAUGCAGUGGGCUUCGAGCAUAUUCGGCACAGACAUCGCUUUGGCACGGCCGACCGUCAGCAUUGUGCGGUGCCGGCAUGGUUAUUUGUGAAAGAAGAACCGCUUCGAUUGUACGCUAGGAUCCAAGAAAAGUCAGAGGUGACAAGGAUCUUGAUCAACAUCGGGGCUGCAGAUGCUUUGACGGAUGAUCCUUUGGCUGAAACGUUGACAGCAUUUCCAGGAGACAGCACCCGCCCUCCGUGGAAAGGGAUCUACUUCGAAGCGAUGCGUGAGAAUUGCAAAUCGGUACGCAAAUUGAUGAAGAAGAAUGGUGCUCAGAUUCAUGUGGAGUGUGGCUACACUACACCGACUUCGGCGAUUCAAACCAUUUGCCACCAGCUCCGACGCCAGGAGAUUCAAGGCAUCGCCCAGGUCUGCCAUGCAGCGGCAGUGCCAGACAUGAGCGGAGGAAAGGUCGGUGAUACUUUCCCUGAUAGGUCGGAUGUGCGGGUGGAAGUAGAUGCCAUUAGUGUCGACAUCGAUUCCUACGACUGUGCAGUGUUGCAGGAAGCCCUUCGGGUUCUGAGUCCCAAGAUGAUUGCCUUGGAGGUUGUACCAUAUCCUCCCCCGAUCGUAGUCUCUUCAGAUUUCCACCCAAUUUACCAAGAAAGCGAGAACAGAAGCAUGCCUGGAAAGAAAGCGCAGAGCGGUGGCACCAAGCGCAAAGGUGCUUUCGUGUUGGGUUGUUCUUUGAGCGCUGCGGUGGCCCUGCUGUGGCCACAUGGCCUUGGGCUGUACCGCCUCAGCGCACGCGAUGCACUCUUCGUGCGUGGCGACGUGGCAAGGGAGAUUGAAUUGGAACCGGGUGGCCGACCAUGGGUUCCGGCAGACGAGUUCCAAUGCUGGAGGAGUCUUUGUGCAGACAUGUGGGAAACGGAGAAUCUCAUGAAACUCACAUCACUGGGGGUAUAUGACCAUUUAAUGCCUUUCGUGCAUCGACGUAUAAGAGAGAAGCUGAAGGGUUCGUACCCAGCACAUCCUUUGACCGUGACAGUGGCCAUGCCGCCUCCGGUGCACCAUCUGCCUGAUGUGAAGCUGUUUGAAGUC